AUGAUCGCAGCCAACUUCGCGACUGGGGAGCCAAACACAGAGGCCAAUCCCCAGCCUAACACUACGACUGAUCAUGAGGUCACUAUCGCGGCCGAUGAGGAUGACGACACUGCGUCCCAGUACGCCCCGAGCGUCUCCUCAAGCACCAACAGCAUCACCUCGUCAAUCUAUGAGUAUAGGAUUGAGAAUGGAAGGACGUACCACAAGUACAAGGAUGGCAAAUACAUGGUACCAAAUGACGCUAGAGAGCUCGAAAGACUGGACCAUCAACACUACAUGUUCAUGAGGACCUUUGAUGACCGUCUCGGUACUGCGCCUCCCGCGCAGCCAGGAUCUGAGGUUGGUCGGGUUCUCGAUCUUGGCACAGGCACUGGUAUUUGGGCUAUGGACUUCGGCGAUGAACACCCUGAGGCGGAGGUCCUUGGUGUGGAUCUCUCGGCCACGCUGCCAGAAUUCACACCUCCGAACGUCAAGUUCGAAAUCGACGAUGUAGAGGAAUCAUGGACCUAUUCAGAGCCUUUCGAUUACAUUCACAGCCGAAUGAUGAAUUCAUCGAUCAGCGACUGGAGAGAUUACAUCAAGAAGUGCUAUGACAACCUAUACCCGGGCGGUUAUCUGGAGUUGAGCGAGAUUGAUAUCGUUCUUCUUUCCGAUGAUGGGACCCUCAAGCCAGAGCACUACAGUUGGAAGAUUGGGAGACUCCUGGAAGAAGCCACCGAAAAGGCCGGGCGCCGAUACCAGGAGAUCCAGAAGUUGAAGCCGGUUCUUAUGGAACUUGGUUUUGAAGACGUCACAAUGCAGCAGUUCAAGUGGCCGGUGAACUCGUGGCCUAAAGAGAAGAAGUACAAGGAUUUGGGAGAAUGGAACAACGAAAAUCUGAUGCUUGGGUGGGAGGGGAUUUGCAUGGCCCCGUUGACGAGGGCACUUGGAUGGACAAAAGAAGAGGUUCACAUCUUCAUGAUGCACAACCGCAAGGAGUUCAACGAUAAGAGCAUCCACCAGUACUUCUCCAUUUGGAACAUCUACGGAAGAAGGCCUGUCAAGACGGACAAGGGUCAGUAG